CCCGGAAGUGUAUGUUUAGGGAUAACGUCUAGAGGGGAUCGCAGCUGUCUGCUCCCGGACCGACAUUAACCCUUCCCGCACCCUCACAGCCAGCAUCCCGUGUCAGUGACUCCGGAUAAUAAGAGUCCCCGUCCGUGUGUCUGACUCUGAUCUAUCCAAACAUAUGAGUGUUUCACUGGUUGUCAUCCGGCUGGAGCUAUCGGAUCGAUCUCCCAUCCCAGUGGGCUUCCAAUACCGUGCUGCCACCGAGAUGUCUGAUGAGGAAAUCAAAGAGAAAACGUUGCAUACCGCAGCAGCUUAUUUGGAAGGGAAGGAACCGGUGGAUAAAGCAGCCAUUCUUCACCAGCACAUUGGAAGGAGGGAAAUGACAGAUAUGAUCAUAGAAACUAUCGGUCCCAGCUCAGAUCCACCGGUGACUGCUUCUUCUGAGAAACUCGAUUCUAUGGAAGCAUCUAAUAAGACUCCCCCUGACUCUCCAUCCAAGCAUCUGCCAGAUCAGAUCACUUUCUUCAGUGGAAACCCAUCAGUGGAAAUAGUUCAUGGAAUUAUGCACCUCUACAAAACAAAUAAAAUGACAUCACUGAAAGAAGACGUAGGACGUAGUGCCAUGCUCUGUAUACUCACUGUUCCUUCUGCAAUGACAAGUCAUGAUCUCAUGAAAUUUGUAGCUUCUUUUAAUGAGGUCAUCGAGCACAUGAAAAUCAUCCGUGAUUCCACUCCAAAUCAGUACAUGGUCCUGAUAAAAUUCAGCUGUCAGGCUGAUGCUGAUAGUUUCUACAUGGCAAGUAAUGGGCGCCAGUUUAACUCCAUUGAAGAUGAUGUCUGCCAGUUGGUUUAUGUGGAACGGGCCGAGGUGUUCAAGUCUGAUGAUGGUGCUAGCCUGCCAGUGAUGGAUCUUACUGAGCUUCCCAAGUGCACUGUUUGCCUUGAACGGAUGGAUGAAUCAGUAAAUGGGAUUCUGACAACACUUUGCAACCACAGUUUUCACAGUCAGUGUCUGCAGCGAUGGGAGGACACAACGUGUCCAGUGUGUCGAUACUGCCAAACGCCUGAGCCAGUGGAGGAAAACAAGUGCUUUGAAUGUGGUGUGCAGGAAAAUCUCUGGAUUUGUUUAAUCUGUGGCCACAUUGGAUGCGGCAGAUAUGUUAGCAGACAUGCCUAUAAACACUUUGAAGAGACACAGCAUACCUAUGCCAUGCAGCUGACAAAUCACAGGGUGUGGGACUAUGCAGGAGAUAAUUAUGUUCACCGGUUGGUUGCAAGCAAAACAGAUGGAAAAAUCGUUCAAUAUGAAUGUGAGGGAGACAUGUGUCAGGAGGAAAAGGUGGAUUCUUUGCAGUUAGAGUACUCUUACCUGCUCACUAGUCAGCUGGAAUCUCAGCGAAUCUACUGGGAAAAUAAGAUUGUCCGUUUAGAAAAGGAUACAGCAGAAGAAAUUAAUAAUAUGAAGGCUAAGUUCAAGGAGACCAUAGACAAGUGUGACAGCCUGGAGCACAGACUAAAUGACUUGCUCAAAGAAAAACAAGCUUCAGAACGGAGGUGCACCCAGCUAAAUGCCAAAGUAACCAAACUCACUUCUGAAUUGAAAGAGGAGCAAGAAAUGAACAAAUGCCUAAGAGCCAAUCAAGCGGUUCUCCAAACCAAACUUCGGGAAGAGGAGAACCUACGGAAAGAAACCUGCGAACAGAAGGACGGGCAGCUAAUGGAAAUGCAGGAGCAGCUACGUGAUGUAAUGUUCUAUUUAGAGGCACAGCAGAAAAUUAACCAAAUGCCUGUAGACACCAGACAGGAUAUUCAGGGAGGCCAGAUCAAUAUACCAGUGGCAUCAUCUAGUUCUCCUCCAUCAUCUACAAGGCAUCCAUCCCGGAAAGGGCGUGGAAAAAGAGGAAAAUAAUCCAAAAUCUCAUCACACUGGUUAUCUAAAUAUGGUCUUCAGACCGCUAUAUGGCCUGCUUAAAUUAAUUAUUUUCAGUGGGCAUGCAUUUAACCAGUAAAGAUUCACCCGUUUCAUUGCUGGAGAUGUGUGAAAAUUCUUAAACAUCUUCAAUAGCAGAUUUUGAGCACAGUUCUUUCCAGUUUUGUAGUUUUAAAUCCUUUGUCAUUAGGAUGCUGGAGCUUGUAGUACGGGAUCUUCGCGAAAGCUGGUUUUAUUUCGCUGCCAGAGGUGCCUAUCACUAGCAGACACUCUGUGAGAGUGAAAGGGUUAAGGUUUCCAUUAAAACAUGGAUUCCCAAAUAUGUCCUUAAGUGUAAAAAAAAAAAAAAACUAAUAAUUUUGGAAAUUCCUGAGUUACAUAGAAAAUCUAGCUCGUUUCAUAUUUGUAAGUGUGCAGUGGUUUGCAUACUUCUAACCUUAUUACUUCAUGUUUUUUUUGUGUUUUCUUUAAAGGUACUUGUAAUCUGGUAAGGGUAUUUAAAUCAUGAGCAGUACAAUCAGGUUUGUUCUGAUAAAAGACUGAAAGAAGCUCUAAUAGCCAUUCAUUGUUUUUUGCUGUUCUACACCCCUCGUCAAUAUUUAAAUGCCAUUAUUUAGAGCACACUCAGCACUUUGUAAAUGUUUGUAGGUAAACUCACAAAGCUGCAAGGCAUACUUUUCGUCCUGAGAAUAUGGGAGGUUUUAAGGUUCUCCUUUGGACAGUAGAGAACAUUUACAGCGUUCAAUGUAGCACCUGUUAAACUAUGUGCUUAAGCCUUUGAGUACCAAACAAGAGUGCUUUGCAGUGUUACAUGACCCUCUAGUGCUCUGCAGGUUUAAUUACUUAUUUACAUACUUGUUACAAGUUCGUUUUAGGUUAAUGAAGCUUUGUAAUACUCCUGUCAGUGAGUAUGUGUGAACAUAUAUUCCCAGCCACUGUAGUGUCUUGGUAGUACAUUAUUUACAAUAUCCGUUCAUCCAGUCUGAUCAUCAAUGUUCCAGCUAUAUCGAAGUGAAUUGUGCAAAUGCUGAACUGUCUCAGUUUAUAACUAUACAAUUCCUUAGCUUUUCCAGUUCUAAUUUUCUUGCUGAAUACCUUCUGUAAAAUGAUGUACAGAAAUUGUGCAUGAAGACAUCUUUAUUUCUUUUAAUAAGUACAGUUUUUCACUUGGUGUACUAUUUAUGAAUUAAAAUGAAAAAAAAAAUG